GGUCUGUCUCGUCUGCUACUGUGCGUGCAAUCUGUGUCGAACCACGACACGAGAUACAUUUUUAUUUUCGUAUCAAUAAAUCCCAUUUAUCGUUUUUAUUAUCGUAUUAAGUAAUCUUAUCAGUCUUCUAUAUUAUAAUAAUCUGUGUAUAAUGAAUAAAUGACGAGAGUAUUGAAGUACGGAUAGUUACAGUCUGUUAUAUUAUAAAGAAAUCAUGUUGAAAGGACCAAAAAUAAUAAUUAUCGGAGCUGGAGCAGCAGGUAUCUCUGCGGCGAGUAGAUUGAUAGAAAAGGGCUUAGAAAAUAUCACGAUUCUCGAGGGUAAAGAUCGUAUUGGUGGUAGGAUACACACAGUAGAAUUUUCUGACAAUGUCGUAGACUUAGGGGCCCAGUGGGUUCACGGUGAACAUGGGAACGUUGUUUUUAAUCUUGCUUCUCCGCACAAACUUUUGGAUUCGUCAGUAUGUUAUAACCAAUUUGAUAAACAUGUAUUUGUCAAUGCGAAAGGUGAAGUUUUUCCAAAGGCUGAAGGUAUAGAAACACUUAAGAUAUAUUAUAAUAUAUCUGAAUCUAUAUCGGACGCUGUGCAUGACGCAGAAUCGUAUGGGGAGUAUUUUGAGAAUCAAUUUUAUCAGAUAUAUAAUGAAAAUCCAUUUACCACUCGCGAGAAGGCCGAACAAUUAUUGGGUUGGAUGCAAAAGUUUGAUAAUUCUCUUCAAAGCAGCGAUUCAUGGUUCGAUGUCUCCGCGAAAAAAAUUACGGAUUAUUGGGCGUGUGAAGGAGAUCUUCUAUUAAAUUGGAAGGAUCGUGGCUAUAGAACGCUAUUCGAUUUAUUAUCAAAGAAAAUACCGAGCGCUGAAGGCGAAUCGGCUAUAAUGACGAAGGUAGAACUUAAUAAAGACGUUGUCAAUAUCAAUUAUAUUUUGAAUGAUGAUAUAAUUGUCAAAGCAAAAGAUGGUUCAGAAUACACGGCCUCUCACGUUAUCUUCACACCGUCCCUCGGAGUAUUAAAAGAGAAACACGCCGCUUUGUUCACUCCACUUUUACCUGAAGCGAAGCAGAAUGCGAUAAAGGGUUUAAACAUUGGAACUGUAAAUAAAGUACUUUUGGAAUUCCCGCAUAGAUGGUGGCAAGAGGAUUGCGCCGGUUUCAGUUUAAUAUGGUCCAAGGAGGACAGAGAAGAGUUUAUUAAAUCUCAUGGACAAGAACGCGAAUGGCUGUGCGAUGUUUUCGCGUUUAUCUCCGUAGAUUAUCAACCCAGAGUAUUAUGUGCAUGGAUCUCUGGCAAAUUUUCGAAAGAGAUAGAAUCGCUUUCUGAUAACGACGUCUCUGACGGAUUGUGUCUACUGUUAGAACUGUUUUUGAGUAAAGCGUAUAACAUUCCGAAAUUUGAUCGAAUGCUUCGAUCAUCGUGGUAUACAGAUGAGCAUUUCCGUGGAUCGUACUCUUUCAAGAGUAUAACUACUGAAAAACUGAAUGCGAAGACUGAAGAUUUAGCUGAACCUAUUGUAACGAUUGAUGGAAAACCUAUAAUUCUCUUCGCCGGAGAAGCGACGCACGAGCAUUAUUACUCUACUGUACACGGUGCGGUCGAGACGGGCUUCAGGGCAGCUGAUAAAAUAAUAGACUUUCAUAGAACGCAAGGUUGGUUAAAGAGAAUGGUAAAUGGCUUCGAUAAAAUGGAAAGAUCGGUUAACGGUUCUAAUGAAUUAACGACGAAAACGAAACUCGUGAUAGUAGGUGCAGGUAUCGCGGGAUUAGCGGCCGCGAAAACAUUGGAGGAUGCUGAGUUUAAAGACUAUCUAUUAAUCGAAGCUCAAAUAGAUAUUGGUGGUCGGAUUCAAUCGUUACCGUGGAAGAAGGUCUGGAUAGAGAGCGGCGCGCAAUUUGUACAUGGAGCUCGAAGUCAGUUAGCGCAAUUGUGUUAUCAGCAUAAUUUACUCUCGGAUACCCAAUGCAAGGACGGUCAAGGAGUUUUUCUUCGCAAUGACGGUCGCGAAAUAGACGAGGCUUUAGUGGAGGAAAUAGACGAUUUUAUCCGUGACACGUUAGAACAGUACGAGGAAUAUGAGAACAGGAAUAUCGAAGCGGGUUGCGAAAAUAUCGGCGCUCUGUUGAGGAAGUCUUUCGACGAGUAUUUGCACGAAAGAAACGAUCCGUUGCCGAUAAGAAAUAUAAAAGAAGAGAUUUUCGAUUGGAACGUUAAAUUCAUCGCCAUAGAUAAUGCUUGUUAUACGUUAGACGUGUUAUCUACGAAAUAUUGGGGACAGUUCAGAUUCACCGGCGGACCAGAACACCUCGCGUUUAAGACCUGUUACAAAGCUUUGCCCAAACUCAUUGCUGAUAGCUUGGACGAGAAAAAUUUACGAUUAAAUACAUCUGUGGAUUCGAUCGAGUGGCAGCAGAUGAAGAACAAUGAUCCCUUUCUCGUAUUAAAACUUUCCGAUAACACUCGAAUAAUUGCAGAUUGUGUGAUAAUCACUUGUUCUCUUGGAUAUUUAAAAGAAAAUUACAAAAAGAUGUUCAUUCCGUCGUUGCCGACACGUUAUUGCGAGGCAAUCGAUUGUUUGGGCUUCGGUUUAAUAAACAAAAUCUUUCUGGAUUUCGAUGUCCCUUGGUGGAAACCCGGUACGAAAGGAUUCCAAUUCCUUUGGAAGCAAGAAGAGUUUUCCAAUAACAAACUGGCUGCUUGGACCAAAGACCUCACAGGCUUCGACGUCCUACCGAAUCACGAAGGUGUGCUUCUCGGUUGGAUCAGUGGACGUGGAGCUUAUAUUAUCGAAGCGUUGAGCGAACGACAAAUCGCGACCGACUGUGAAAAUUUACUUAAGCAUUACCUGAAACUUGAUAACAUACCUCGCGUAGAGAGAUGUUUCAGGACACAGUGGAACGCAAAUAAAUACGUGCGAGGUAGUUAUAGUCAUAUUACAACGAAAUGCGACGCGAACGGGAUUACGCCAAAGAAUUUAUCAGAACCGAUAUGGGGCAAGCGGCUGGGAGAGAGUGGCAGUAAGGACGUACCCAUGAUCAUGCUUGCUGGUGAAGCAACGCACGAGACUUACUAUUCCACGACGCACGGUGCUUACGAUACCGGCGUGAAACAGGCGCAGAUUUAUCUCCAGUAUCACGUUACUAAUCACUGAAGAAAAAAUACAGUUCCUUGCAGAUACAUAAAUGCGCACAUGUAGGAUUUCGGAGGAAAUGAAAAUCUCAUUAUUUUAUAUGCUACGAUCUAAUUUUGAUCAAGCUAUAUAUAUUUGUCAUGAUCAUUUCGUGUUCAUUGUGACACGUACAAUGAUACACAAAUCCAUUGAAAUAAAAUCUUUUGUACAAUUUUAAGCUUCA